AAGAAGUCAUGAUGUUUCAACCUCUCUGAGGUCAUUUUCAAGUGAGUAAGUUUUCAUGAAAUGAAAAUCAAGGACUGUGAAGUUUUGUAGUCGUAUGAUGGAUCAUCACUGUUUACUAACGUUCAUGUGGAUGAAACCAUUGAGAGCAUCACAGAGAGAGCCUUUGAAAACAACUGGUUCAAUAGUGAAUAUGAUCUUAACAUUACGAAGUCAGAUUUGAUGGAGCUGGUGAGAAUCACCAGCAAAAAUCAGGGAUUUCAGUUCAAAGGAAAGUUGUACGAACAAGUGGACAGUGUAGCUAUGGGAUCGCCACUGGGUCCCCUCAUGGCAAAUGCCUUCAUGUGUAAAAUUGAGAAACAGCUAGAAAGAGAGAACAAGAUGCCUAUCUUCUACAAGUGCUUUGCAGAUGAUACACUUAGUGUAAUGCCUGAUUCGGAAGCAGCCUCAGAAUUUCUGGAGAUAUUGAACAAGUCUUAUCCCUCUAUUGAUUUCACAAUGGAACUCCAAGAAUAUGGUAGGCUUCCCUUUCUCGGAAUGGAUGUUAUCAGGAAUGGUUGCUGCCUAGACACCACGGUCUACAGAAAACCAACGGACAAAGGGCUUUUGCAACACUAUCCCAGUCACGUUGACGUCAGAUACAAAUGGUCAGUGCUGAUCACCAUGCUAAACCAUGCAUUUCAACUCUUGUCCACGUGAAAGUCUUUUCAUGAGGAAUGUGAACGCCUUAAAGAUCUUCUCCCAACUGCGCUAUCCUGACAACCUUGUGCAGUCAACCAUUUGCAGAUUCAUUGAAUUAAGUGUCUGAGGAUUCACAUACCAAAUGGCUGAUAAAAGAGAAGCCCUAGUCAGAAUCGCGUUGCCCUACAAGGACCAGAAAUCUGCAAAUGUAGUACGAAAACAGUUGGCUGACCUCAGUCGGAAGAUCAACGUAGAUAUUAGCCCAGUUUAUACAAGUAAAAAGAUCAAGAAUGAAAUUAGGGUCAGGGAAGACAAACCGCCUCUUGUGAGUCAACAAUGCGUGGUGUAUUCAUUUCAGUGUGGCCUGUGUGAUGCAGGCUAUGUGGGCUACACGUGCCGACACUUACACCAACAAAUUGAAGAACACAAAGGAUUGGCAAUCGGACACCACCUCAGAUAGCUGCACGACAUGGAGCCAGAAGACAUCACACAGAGUUUUCGAAUCUUAAGGAAGUGUCGAAACAAAUUUGACUGUCUUGUUUUUGAAAUGUUUUUUAUCAAAGAACUGAAACCAACGCUAAACAAACAGUGCGAUUCAAUUUGUGCCAAACUAUUUGUUUCGAACAAUUCAUGCUACGAUCAUUUUAUUCUUUUAUUCUCUUCCAUUGUAUAUUGUUUACACUUUUUCACAUAUUUU